AAAUAAAGAUUUAGCUCGUUAUAAAAAUAAAGCUCGUUAUAAACGAUUGCUAAAUCCGAUGUGAUACGAUUAGUUAUCGUUACAACAUUUUUCUCGUCGGUAUUUUAGCGAGUAUUGGGGACAGAUUUUUUAUUACUAUGCAAAGAAAAUACCCGUGAAGUAUAUCGAAAGAUUAACUUUAAAUUUGAUUUCGCUGUUCUGGCUUGCAAUUAGAGUACUAAACGACAAUAUAUUACGAAUAAUAUCUCGAAAGGUUAAGUUGAUAAUUGAAGGAAGUAAUAGUCGUAAUAAGGUUUGAUUGAAGAGACGGUUGAAGGUUGGAGAUUUCAAUCUAUAUAUUUGAAGUUUGUGGUGGAUUGUUGGCUGCCAUCUUGAACCUCGAUCGUUUGAGAAGCCGGCCGCCCGCAAAAAUCUUCGAGUUUCACGCGUUCGCGCGGCCCCACGUAUCUCGUAAGCAGGUUGCGUGGUUUCACGACGAAUUUCGAGAUCUGUUGCAGUCAAUCCGAUCAAGAUUCGUCUCCGGAAUGCUUUAGGUGUAUAUUUGUCCUCGCGCAUUUGUAACUGGGUGAGUGAAGGAUAUAAAUUAACUAGCUUUUGUAAUUUUUCGAUAGACAACAGUGAAAGAAUAGCAAUCAGCAAAAUAAAUAGUAGUAGCGAUAUAUCAGAAAAAAUGGCACUACCCAGUAGAGCGCGAGUCUACACAGAUGUGAAUUCCCACAAAUCCAGAGAUUAUUGGGAUUAUGAAUCUUAUGUUGUCGAUUGGGGACAACAAGAUGAUUAUCAACUAGUAAGAAAAUUAGGCAGAGGAAAAUAUAGUGAAGUAUUUGAAGCCAUUAAUAUUACAAGUAAUGAAAAAUGUGUUGUAAAAAUUUUGAAGCCUGUAAAAAAGAAGAAAAUAAAAAGGGAGAUUAAAAUCUUAGAAAACCUCAAAGGUGGGACCAACAUAAUUACACUCCAAGCUGUUGUCAAAGAUCCUGUAUCGAGAACACCGGCACUGAUAUUUGAACAUGUGAACAACACAGAUUUCAAGCAAUUAUACCAGACGCUAACAGACUACGACAUAAGAUACUACCUCUACGAAUUAUUAAAAGCACUGGAUUAUUGUCAUAGUAUGGGAAUAAUGCAUAGGGACGUCAAACCGCACAAUGUUAUGAUAGAUCAUGAAAAUCGAAAGUUACGGUUAAUCGAUUGGGGUCUAGCAGAGUUUUAUCAUCCAGGUCAAGAAUACAAUGUACGAGUAGCAUCGCGUUAUUUUAAAGGCCCAGAAUUACUUGUAGAUUAUCAGAUGUAUGAUUAUUCAUUAGAUAUGUGGUCUCUUGGAUGCAUGCUCGCAAGUAUGAUAUUCAGGAAAGAACCGUUUUUUCACGGACACGAUAAUUACGACCAACUAGUGAGAAUUGCAAAAGUUCUCGGAACUGAGGAACUAUUUGAAUACCUUGAAAAGUACCACAUUGAAUUGGAUCCCCGUUUCAAUGAUAUUUUAGGUCGACAUUCACGUAAACGCUGGGAGCGUUUUAUGCAUUCGGAGAAUCAGCAUUUGGUGUCACACGAAAGCCUUGAUUUCCUUGAUAAACUUUUACGUUACGAUCAUUACGAAAGACUUACUGCACGCGAAGCUAUGGAACAUCCUUAUUUUUAUCCAAUAGUAAAAGAUCAAGGUCGAUUAAAUAUGGUAUCAUCGUCACCUACUCCCAUAACAGGUUCGUUGCCUGUAGGUAUCGAUACUUCGCGCAAGGGGCUUAAUCCCAUCCCUAAGCGUGACUGUGAGCAGCGUUGCGGUUCAUGGAAUAAACCGACUGAAAAACGUGGUGGGACAAGUUGGAAAUGGGACUCAGAAAACGAUGAAGUAUUCAUCACAUCCGUUUCAUCCUUAACACACGAUUCACAACUUUUGAUUAGUUAUGCGCUAAAAUCUGGACCUUCCAUUCCACCCAGACGUACAAAAUCGGGAAGAAAAGUAUUUUGUAUGAUGGUGGACCACUCCUUAUGUAAAUGGCAAUUAUAUUUUGACGUGGUGUAUAAACUUCUAUAUUUUAGACAUUCCUCGUUUUUCACCCUGGCUAUCACUUGAAUGAAUUUGAGAUGUUCAAAUGUAUCAGAAAUAUCCAUCUUUAUUACGCGUGAUUGGAAUCUUAAGUGGCUCGAACAAGAAAUGCAAAAUGCGUUUUCAACUCUGCUGUAUUUCAAAUGAUCUAGAAACGGAAGAAAGUUUAGAAUAUUAAAAAUGAAGUCUAUGGAAGUACGUGCUCUGUCCAUAUUGGCCGGUGUGCAUGUGCGGUUAAUAAUUGUACGUUGCUUUUCUGCGUUUCUUUUCUUUUCUAAAUUUUUUUUUUUUUUUUUUUUUUUGUAAUCUGUCACUUUUGUUGUUUUCUUUUGACGCUGCUACUAAUGUCACGGUCGCGGAAAAUUUGUAAAUGCAUCAAGAUACGAUUAAAUCAUGUUAUGUCACUUGGAAAGAUCGUCCGUUAUUACAUGAGACAUCAUAACAAAAAAAAAAAAACAAAAAAAAAAAAACCGAUGCAAGGAUAAAUCAUAUGCACUUGCAUCUAUAGAGGCGCGUACGACACACACAUACACAUAGCACAUACGUGCUUACACUUAACAUGUACCUUAGGCCGCUCGAUUUAGUACUUUUAACGAUGAUAAAAAUGUUCGUUUAUAUCUGAUACAAUGAUAGUUGAAUAAAAUGUUUGUUAUAGCCAAGUACUCUUUGUGCUCUGUGAAUACCUGUAUGUCCAGUAAUAGAUAUUACCAAGACGUAAUAUUGAUCAAAUAUUUUUAUGAUCAUGUAUCGUCAUUUGUAUUGAGAACCAGAGAAGGAAAGACAGAGAGGAAGAGAAAGAUUUGAAAGAAAAGAAAGAGAAUAGAGAGCACCGUUUAAGGUUUUUAGUUUUCAUUUUCAUUGAUCAAAAUGAGAAUUCACAGGCACCUGAAAACACUUGGCGCCAGCAGAAGCCUACGUACAUGAACAAAAUAUAUACACGCCGAUAGAUGGAAAAAGAAA